AGGGCUGGGCGGGGCCAGCGUAGGCCCAGGCGGGCGGGGCCGGGGCGAUGGGGAAUCUGUUCGGGCGCAAGCGGCGGAGCCGGGUCACCGAGCAGGAUAAGGCCGUCCUGCAAUUGAAACAGCAGCGAGACAAACUGAAGCAAUAUCAGAAAAGAAUAUCACUGCAGUUGGAGCGGGAAAGGGCUUUUGCUCGGCAACUACUAAAGGAUGGCAAGAAAGAGAAAGCCAAGCUUCUCCUCAAGAAGAAGCGGUAUCAAGAACAACUACUGGACAAGACGGAAAACCAAAUCAGCAACCUGGAACGUAUGGUUCAGGAUAUUGAAUUCACACAAAUAGAGAUGAAAAUUAUUGAAGGCCUCAAAAUUGGUAAUGAGUGUUUAAAUAAGAUGCACCAGGUCAUGUCAAUAGAAGAAGUGGAGAGGAUCAUGGAUGAAACCCAAGAAGCCGUAGAGUACCAGAGGCAAAUAGAUGAGAUCCUGUCAGGAAGCUUCACUGUAGAGGAUGAAGAUGCCAUCUUAGCAGAAUUAGAUGCCAUCACGCAGGAACAGAUUGAUCUUCCAGAAGUUCCUUCAGAACCCCUCCCAGAAAAGAUUCCAGCAUUUAUAUUCCACCCUUCUCACCCUGAAGGGGACUCAGGGCAGAUCACAGAACACAUACAUGGCAAACAUUCAGUGCCGUUAGACAUACAGGACAGACAGACAGAUAGAGAAACAUCGCCAGUCAGAGUCGAACCAAAGCCAGAGCUGGUGGCUGCGUCUUAACUCCACUCCUCGGGGGGACCUUGCAGGGAGCCCCUCAAUCCCAGGAUGCCUGGGCUGCAAGAGGCCCCCAUGGUGUCCGGUCGGCACUGAACGACCAUGCUGGAGCAGGUUUUCCUGCACAGGAUGGAAGCUGUAACUGGUUAUUGUUUCCAUAUCAAGAUUAUUUUGUAAUGUUCACACUCAUCCUCCUCCUUUUUUGUAACUUAAAUUGGAUUAAAUGGUAACUAUCAAACCCUUCAAGCCAAAUCCUUUCUACAGACCAGAUUUCAGCUGCAAACCUGCCUCAGAUGCCAGCACAGCCUCUUGCUAACUCUGCCUAAACCCCCUUGGUGUCCCUUUCUGGGCACAGUGAAGAGUUUUGAGCUUUCUGCUGGACAAAGGAAAGAACUGCUGGGAGACCCUUUCAAGCUUCUUUUCGACUUGCCUCUCUUCAGUCCUUUGGCUUUUCUUGAAUGGAUUCUCUUUGCACGAAUGGAAGUCCUGAACAUGGACCUCUACUUGAAUUAGGUUGAUGCUGAAAUUGCUAGUGACAUCUCCUUGUGCCUAGCGUGCUAGUUGGAGACAAAAUAAGGUUGCCCAGUGUUUACUGUGCAGUUGAGAUGAAUACACUUACAGUUCUAUGCACCAGGGAGCAAUGCAAGGCUGCUGGACUUACUCUUCAAAAACUGAAGGCCUAUUUCUACAGGGGCUAAAGCACGUGCUAAGGAUUUAUGCAUCAGAUCCUACACUAGCCUCCUGCUUUUUCUUCUUUCUCCAAAAAUCCAUGAAACAAAGGUGAUGAACAUGCAGAAGCUUCUCUAAAAGAGGGAGGAUGUGUUAAUUGAAAAGCAGCUUCUUGAUGCCUCUUGUUGCUCCUCAGCCUGACAUAACUAUACAGAUUAUCCUUUCCUGUG